AUGUUAUUUGUUGUUGUGAAUGUUGCUAAACAUAAUCACCAUAACGCAAAAAUGACAGCAGCUGCAUCAAUGAACCUAACGAAUACAGAUGAAUGCUUGAUAUGCUCAUUGUUCACGCUAAGUACAUUCUUCGCGUUCAUCUUCUCGGCAAUAGUUGUUGUCGGCGUUUGUGGCAAUAUCUUCGUGGUGUCGGUUAUUUUGACCGAUCGGAAACUGUUGAAUUCUCCGAUUAACUUAUUUCUGCUCAAUUUAGCACUAGCUGAUAUCGGAAAUCUAGUUUCAUGUUGUCCAGAUAUUGCUAUGUUUCUGUACGGGACUGGUUGGCUGUUGUCACCUGUAUUGUGUCCUGUGCUUCGAUUUUUGGAGGAAUAUUUCUUGUACGCAUCAGUUCUUACGCAGAUGUCGAUUGGAAUUGAACGUUUCAUGGCGAUAUGUACACCGAUGCGGAUGCAGCGAUUCUCUAGGAGGACAUCCGCUUUGAUGAUCGUUAGUGUUUGGGUGACUGCCGCAAUGUUCGCGUCACCAUAUUUGAUGUUUCAUCGAGUCUUCGUUCGUAAGGCUAUCGCGCAUUGCGUUUGGAGUCCUACACUUCCAGCGGGGACCAGAGUGAUUUUCAAGUAUGCAGAAUGUGUUGUAUUGUACGUGCUGCCGUUGAUUUUAUUGACAGUUCUUUACUCGAUAAUGAGUCGAGUGUUGUGGGGUAAUUCAACGCAGAUCGUUAACGAGAGUCAGCAAGCGAUCGUACUUGCAUUGCGGAGAUCAGUCGUCAAAAUGCUCAUCAUAUCAAUGUUGCUCUAUUUUAUUUGUUAUUCGCCCAUUCAAGGUAUUUUCUUGACGCAAAUCAUAACGAAAAGGGAUUUUCAAGUCAGUCCUGCAAUAAGGAUCACUCUCAACGCUCUCUCGUUCUCUAGUUCCUCAGCAAAUCCGAUUGUUUAUAUCGUUUGUUGCCGUCACUUUCGUUCCAAAUUCAUUACGACGUUACGUCUGAUUUGUUCAAUAUUUCCCGAUUCAAGAAGAUUCUCGGCAGCAUCCGUUGAAGCCGCCGACGAUGCCACACUUCGAACGCCGACUCAUUCGUCAUUCUACGCGUCGUUCACAAAAUCUUUUCGAACUCAUCUCACACGUACGGCAACAUUUGUUUAG